AUGUCCGUGCUCCGUGGGAUCAAAGGAAUAACUACCGUUGUCACCGGAGGCGCUUCAGGAUUGGGCCGAGGAGCAGUAAAUAAACUUGUGCAGAGGGGAGCCAAUGUUGCGAUCGUCGACUUACCGUCAUCAAAAGGAGAAGAAGUGGCGAAAGAGCUUGGCUCAAAAGUUCUCUUCGCGCCGGCGGAUAUCUCAAAUGAGGAGCAAGUUCAAAACGCAUUCGCACAAGUUAAGGACAAAUUCGGGAGAUGUGACGCUGUAGUCAACUGUGCUGGUGUUGCGAUGGCCUUCAAACUUUAUUCCAUCAACAAGAAGAGCCUGAUACCCAUGGAUAAAAUCAAGAAAACUAUCGACGUCAACGUUCUCGGCUCGUUUAACGUAAUACGCCACGGAGUUGUGCUAAUUGGAGAAAAUCAAAAGGACACAUCGAACCAACGAGGAGUCAUCAUCAACACAGCUUCAAUUGCGGCUUUUGAUGGUCAAAUUGGGCAGUCAGCCUAUGCUGCCUCGAAAGGAGCGAUUGUGUCAAUGACGCUCCCGUUAGCUCGUGACUUUGCUGAAGAUGGAAUCCGUUUCAUGACGAUUGCGCCUGGCCUUUUCAACACACCGCUGCUUUCAAAUCUACCCGAGAAAGUGCAGAAGUUCUUAUCUCAACUCGUCCCAAAUCCAUCGCGCCUUGGCAAUCCGGAAGAAUAUGGUGCUCUUGUCUGUCAUAUCAUCGAAAAUCAAUAUCUUAAUGGAGAAAUCAUUCGAAUCGAUGGAUGUCUUCGUAUGCCACCG